AUGGUUAGUUCAAUUAUCUUGGAUAGUAAGUUUUGGGAGGAUUGUUUUACUACUGUUAUGCUUGUUGGUCCUCUAAUUAAGUUAUUGAGGCUUGUUGAUGCUGAUGAGAAACCUUCUCUGGGUAUCGUGUAUGCGGGCAUGCAAAGAGCCAAAAUUAAUAUCAAGACAAUGUUUAGAAAUAGGAAAUCUGCAUACACACCUUAUACAAGUAUCUUGAAAAUGCGGUGGGAUAAGCAUUUGAAGCGUGACCUCCAUGCAGCAGCAUACUUUUUGAAUCCAGAUUUCUUCUAUAGUGAGGGGUUUGUUGAGAAGGCAAAUACCUUGAGAUCUUUGCUUGAUUUAUUUGAUAUUGAAACUCUUUGCGAUGACUCGGUUGCUGCAAUGCAAGAGAUACAGUUGUAUCGAGAUCGAAAAGGAAGUUUUGGAAGGGAAAGUACAUUGAAAGCAAUUAAGAGACUUGAACCUGGUGAAUGGUGGAGGCUACACGGUGGGAGUGCUCCUAACUUGAAAAAAAUGGCAAUUCGUCUUCUUCAUCAAACAUCUUCAUCAUCCGACUGCGAGAGGAACUGGAGCCUCUUUGAACAAAUCCAUUCAAAGAGGAGGAACCGAUUAGAGCAUCAAAGGCUAAGUGACAUUGUUUAUGUCACUUAUAAUCUACGCCUUCAAUCUAGAAUGCAUUGCAAGAAGAAGAAUUAUGAUCCAAUUGACAUUCAAAGCAUUGACACAGUAGAUUUUUGGGUAAUGCCGGAUAAAGAAGAUCCUGAAUUUACUAAUGGAGACAUUGAAGGCAUUGAAAAUUUAAUUUAUACGGAUAAUGCUAUGUCUUCAUAUCCUACAGGUUAUUGA